GAGGACCCUUGUGACCGUGUCCUCCUCUCCCUCGUCUCCCUCCGAACUUACUCUCGGCUUGCAUCAAAGUGCUCCAUUUGACUGCCAAGCGUGACUGCGCGCCGUGAAAGAGCGUGGAAGUUGUGUCCGGGGAUGCGCGCGGCUCUCCAGCUGGUUUCCAAGGCUGAGUCUGCGGGCUGCCGUUCCUGGUGGUGACCCCACGAAUAGGACAGUACAAGUUCAGAGCGGCGCACACAGGUGUCCCCCGGUGGAAAUGGACCUCACGCGGACUCAAACUGGAAUCGUCUGAUUAAUUGAAAACAUUUUUGGGAACCGCACACGCUGAAAUAACUCAGCAUUGUUGGACCGCUACGAGGGACCGCUCAACAGCAGCUCAGCUUCCAGGACAUCCAGCACCAUCAGCAUCCAGCAGGGACUCGGCGCACGCUCACCCGCCACUUGUUGUACUCUGCGCGGCUGUCUUUUGGGACCAUGACGGCUGGCCCCUGGAGCUCAUCGAUGUGGCGCGCCACGUGGAUUUUAUUUCAACUCUUUGUCACGCAAUCCACAUUUGGUCAAGAUGAUGUGCCUCCGUACUUCAAAACGGAACCGGUGCGAAGUCAGCUGCACUUGGAGCGCAACCGGCUGGUGCUGACCUGCAUGGCCGAGGGCAGCUGGCCUCUGGAGUUCAAGUGGAUCCACAACAGCACCGAGCUGACCCGCUUCUCUCUGGAGUACAGGUACUUGAUCCCGUCGCUGGACCGCUCCCAUGCAGGUUUCUACCGCUGCAUUGUCCGUAAUCGCGUGGGAGCACUGCUGCAGCGUCGGACUGAAGUGCAGGUGGCUUUCAUGGGCAGCUUCGAGGAGAGCGAGCGCGACCAGUCCGUCUCGCAGGGAGAGGGUGCUGUCAUCGCGGCUCCUCGCAUUCGCAGUUUCCCGCAACCGCAGGUCACGUGGUACAGGGACGGCCGCAAGAUCCCGCCCAGCAGUCGCAUUGCCAUAACACUGGAUAACACGCUGGUCAUCCUGUCCACGGUGGCGCCAGACGCCGGCCGCUACUACGUCCAGGCAGUCAACGAUAAGAACGGCGAGAACAAGACCAGUCAGCCCAUCACCCUCUCGGUGGAGAAUGUCGGAGGCCCGGCGGACCCCAUCGCACCCACCAUCGUCAUCCCGCCGCGGAACACCAGUGUCGUCACGGGAACAUCGGAAGUCACCAUGGAGUGUGUGGCCAACGCUAGGCCCCUCAUCAAGCUGAGCAUCACCUGGCGGAAGAACGGCGUUGCCGUGAGCAGCGGCCUGAGUGAUUUCAAUCGCCGACUGACCAUCCUCAGCCCCCUGGUGGCUGACGCCGGCUAUUACGAAUGUGAGGCCAUGCUGCGCAGCAGCAGUGUGCCGUCCGUCAGCGCUGGCGCAUACCUGCAUGUGCUCGAGCCGCCGCAGUUCAUCAAAGAGCCGGAGAAGCACAUCACGGCUGAGAUGGAGAAAGUGGUCGACAUUCCCUGUCAAGCGAGAGGUGUGCCCCAGCCAGAUAUCGUGUGGUACAAGGACGCCACGCCCAUCGAUCCGGUGAAAACGCCUCGGUACCGGGUGCUGACGGGCGGCAGCCUGCAGGUCAACGGCCUCCUGCCCGACGACACCGGCAUGUUCCAGUGCUUCGCCAGGAACGCGGCGGGCGAGGUCCAGACCAACACGUACCUCGCCGUCACCAGUAUCGCUCCCAACAUCACUGCCGGUCCCUCGGACAGCACCGUGAUCGACGGGAUGUCCGUCAUCCUGCACUGCGAGACUUCCGGCGCACCGAGACCAGCUAUCACCUGGCAAAAAGGAGAGCGUGUCCUGGCGAGCGGUUCGGUGCAGCUGCCUCGCUUCACCCUGCUGGAGUCAGGCAGCCUGCUCAUCUCGCCCUCGCACAUCUCCGACGCCGGCACCUACACCUGCAUGGCCAGUAACUCACGUGGCAUCGACGAGGCAUCCGCCGACCUCGUGGUCUGGGCGCGAACCCGGAUCACGACGCCCCCGCAGGACCAGAGCAUCAUCAAAGGCACCAAGGCUGCACUGACCUGCGGUGUCACACACGAUCCCAGCGUGAAUGUCAGGCACCUGUGGGAGAAAGAGGGCGUGGCCAUCAACGUGCACGCCAUGCCGCGCGUGCAGCAGGACACCGACGGCACGCUGCACAUCUCGCAGACGUGGUCGGGCGACAUCGGCACCUACACCUGCCACGUCACCUCGGUGGGUGGCAACGAUUCCCGCAGCGCCCACCUCCGUGUCAGGCAGCUGCCUCACGCGCCCGAGAACCCUGCAGCAGUGCUGAGCACGUCCGAGCGGCGUGCCAUCGACCUGACCUGGGCGAAGGCCUUCGACGGCAACAGCCCACUCAUGCGCUACAUCCUGGAGGUGUCUGAGAACAAUGCUCCCUGGGCGAUCCUGCUGGCCAGCAUCAAAUCCGAGUCGUCGGCGGUAACGGUUAGCGGCCUGAUUCCGGCGCGUUCCUACCAGUUCCGCCUGUGCGCCGUCAACGACGUGGGCAAGGGCCAGUUCAGCAAGGAGACAGAGCGCGUGUCGUUGCCAGAGGAGCCUCCUAGCGCUCCUCCGCAGAAUGUCAUCGCCAGCGGUCGGACCAACCAGUCCAUCAUGAUCCAGUGGCAGCCGCCACCCGAGAGCCAUCAAAACGGCAUCCUGCGCGGCUACACCGUACGGUACCGUCUGACGGGGCUGCCGGUGGACUACCAGAUCAAGAACAUCUCCAGCCCGGACGUGACCACGCUGCUGCUGGAGGACCUCAUCAUCUGGACCAACUAUGAGAUCGAGGUUGCCGCCUACAACGGGGCAGGCUUGGGCGCCUUCAGCCACAAGGUCACUGAGUGGACCCUACAAGGAGUGCCAACCAUCGCCCCGGGCAACGUGCAGGCGGAGGCAGUCAACUCCACGGCGAUCCGCUUUACGUGGACGGCGCCCAACCCGCAGUUCAUCAACGGCAUCAACCAAGGCUACAAGCUGCUCGCGUGGGAGCCCGGGAAUGAGCGCGAGGUGGCGGCGGUGACGGCGCGGCCCAACUUCCAGGACGGCGUGCACGUGGGCUACAUGACAGGCCUGAAAAAGUUCAGCGACUACUACACUUCCGCACUGUGCUUCACCACGCCGGGCGACGGACCCCGCAGUCCCCCAAAGCUUCUGAGGACGCACGAGGACACGCCGGGCGCUGUCGGCCACCUGAGCUUCACCGAGAUUCUCGACACGUCACUCAAAGUCAGCUGGAGUGAACCCAGCGAGAAGAACGGCAUUCUCACAGGCUACCGCAUCUCGUGGGAAGAGUUCAACCGCACUAACACACGGGUCACCCACUACUUGCCCAGCGUCACCCUGGAGUAUCGCGUCACUGGACUGACCGCGCUCACCACGUACACCAUCGAGGUGGCGGCCAUGACGUCCAAGGGACAAGGCCUGGUCUCGUCCUCCACCAUCUCCUCGGGCGUCCCGCCAGAGCUUCCUGGCCCGCCCACCAACAUCGCCAUCUCCAAUAUCGGCCCGCGCUCCGUCAGCCUGCUCUUCAAGCCGGGCUACGACGGCAAGACCUCCAUCUCCCGCUGGCAGGUGGAGGCCCAGGUGGGCGCUGUGGGAGACAAUGAGGACUGGGUGACGGUUCACCAGGUGUCCAACCUACCCGACGCACGCUCCCUGGAGGUUCCAGGUCUCAAUCCAUACACCUAUUACAGGUUCCGUAUGCGUCAGGUGAACAUCGUGGGCAGCAGCCCCCCGAGCCAACCCUCCAGGAAGAUCCAAACGCUUCCUGCCCCUCCGGAUGUCGCCCCCGCCAAUGUCACACUUCGCACUGCCAGCGAGACCAGCCUGUGGUUAAGAUGGAUGCCUCUGCCUGAGUGGGAGUAUAACGGCAACGCGGAGCAGGUGGGCUACAGGGUGCAGUACGCCAAGGCGGGUUCGUCGGGUCGCCCGCUCACCCAGGCUAUACCCGACCGCCUGGAGAGAGAGUUCACCAUAGAGGACCUGGAAGAGUGGACCGAGUACGAGGUGAGGGUGCAGGCCCGCAAUGGUAUCGGGCUUGGGCCCUGGAGCCAGCCAAUCAGAGGCCGAACCCGAGAGUCAGUGCCGUCCUGCGGGCCAACUAACGUGUCGGCCUUCGCCACCACUUCCAGCAAUGUCCUGGUGCGCUGGUCCGAAGUACCCGAGCCGGACCGGAACGGACUCAUUUUGGGCUACAAGGUGGUGUACAAAGAGAAGGACUCAGACAGCGGCGCCCGAUUCUGGACGGUGGAGGGCAACGCCACCCACAGUGUCCAGCUGGCGGGUCUGGGCAAAUACGUCCUGUACGAGAUCCAAGUCCUGGCGUUCACCCGCAUUGGAGACGGGCGGCCCAGCUCCCCGGCCAUUUUUAAAAGGACCCUGGAUGACGUGCCAGGACCACCAAUGGGCAUCCUGUUCCCUGAAGUGCGCACCACUUCAGUUCGCUUGAUUUGGCAGUCGCCCGCGCAGCCCAACGGGAUCAUCCUGGCGUACCAGAUCACGUACCACCUCAACUCCACCAACGGCAACACCGCCACCGUGGACGUGCUCAACCCCAGCGCCCGCCAGUACACAGUCACCGGCCUCAAACCCGAGUGUGUCUAUGUGUUCCGUAUCACGGCGCAGACGCGCAAGGGCUGGGGCAAGGCCGCCGAGGCACUGGUGGUCACAACCGAGAAACGAGCUCGACCGCAGCCCACCAGCCGCCCCGCCGUGCCUCAGAAGGAUGUGCGCGCCCGCCGCGUUCUCCUUUCGUGGGAGCCCGGCAGCGACGGCCUGUCGCCCGUGCGCUACUACACCGUGCAGCUGCGCCAGCUCCCCGACAACAACUGGACCGUGCACUCGGCCUCCGUCAACCACGACGCCACCUCCUACGUCGUCUCCAGGCUGAAGCCCUUCACGUCCUAUCAGUUCAGAGUGAAAGCCACCAACGACAUCGGAGACAGCGAGUACAGCGAGGAGAGCGACGCCAUCACCACUCUGCAGGAUGCACCAGACGAAGCACCUGUCAUCUUCUCGGUCACGCCCCACACAACUACGUCAGUGCUGAUUCGCUGGAAAGCUCCCCCCGAGGAGAGGAUCAACGGAAUCCUGCUGGGCUUCCGCAUUCGCUACCGGGAGCUGCUGUACGACCGUCUUCGAGGUUACUCCCUCCACGCCAUCAACAGCAUGUCAGCGUGGGCCGAGCUCACCGCCCCUUACAGCAUCCGCAAUCUGAGCGACGCCACUUUGACGCAGUUCGAGUUGGACAAGUUGAACAAGCACAAGCGCUACGAGAUCCGCAUGAGCGUGUACAAUGCCGUAGGCGAGGGGCCCACCAGCCCGCCGCAGGAGGUGUUCGUUGGAGAAGCAGUUCCCACAGCGCCCCCACAGAAUGUGGCCGUUCAGUCCUCCACCGCCACUCAGCUGGAUGUCAUGUGGGACCCGCCGCCAAUCAACGCUCAAAAUGGUGACAUCCAAGGCUACAAGGUCUACUUUUGGGAGUCCCACCGCAAGAACGAGACGGAGCGUCUGCGGACCCUGUUCAUGCCCGAAGGGGGCGUGAAGCUAAAGAACCUUACCGGCUACACCAGCUACAUGAUCAGCGUGGCCCCCUUCAACGCUGCCGGGGAUGGACCCCGCAGCCCCGCCAUCAGGGGGCGCACUCAGCAAGCAGCCCCCAGCGCCCCCAGCUUCAUCCACUUCAGCGAGCUCACCACCUCCUCUGUCAACGUGUCGUGGGGCGAGCCGGCCCUGCCCAACGGCAUCAUCGAAGGCUACCGUCUGGUCUACGAGCCCUGUACGCCCAUAGACGAGUCUUCCAUGGCCUGUGCCGACUGUCUCCACUCCCCCUCCUCCCCCCCAGGCGUCAGUCGGACUGUCAUGGUAGACGUGAAGGGCGGCAGUCCCCUCUGGCUCAAGCUCAAGGACUUGGCCGACGGCGUCACUUACAACUUCCGCAUCCGAGCCAAGACGUUCGUGUACGGGCCCGAGGUGGAGGCUAACAUCACCACUGGCCCCGGGGAAGGAGCCCCGGGACCCCCAGGGGACCCCUUUAUCACUCGCUACGGCUCAGCGCUGACCAUCCACUGGACCAGCGGGGACUCGGGUCGCGCUCCGAUUACACGCUACGUCAUCGAGGCUAGGCCUUCUGAUGAGGGCCUGUGGGACAUCCUGAUCAAGGACAUCCCCAAGGAAGUGACGUCGCACACGUUCAACAUGGACAUCCUGAAGCAGGGCGUCAGCUACGACUUCCGGGUGAUUGGCGUCAACGAUUACGGCUACGGCUCACCCAGCCUUCCCACUCCCUCCAUAUCCGCCCAAAAAGUGCCCCCCUUCUACGAGGAGUGGUGGUUCUUGGUGGUGGUGGCCCUCGUGGGGCUCAUCUUCAUCCUCCUGCUGGUCUUCAUCCUCAUCAUCCGAGGACAGAGCAAAAAGUAUGCAAAGAAGUCAGAAUCAGUGUCUCUGUAUGUGUGCGCAGGUAACAACGCCAACUGCAACGCGCUGACGCACGGCGACAUGGUGAGCCUGGACGAGGGCCGCUUCCCCGCCCUCGAGCUCAACAACCGCCGGCUGUCUGUCAAGAACUCUUUCUGCCGGAAGAACGGCGUCUACACCAGGUCUCCUCCCAGGCCGAGUCCAGGCAGUUUAAACUACUCGGACGAGGACAUGAGCACAAAGUACAACGACUUGAUCCCUGUGGAAAGCAGCAGCCUGACCGAGAAACCCUCCGAAAUCUCUGACUCGCAGGAGGCGCUGGUGUUUUCAUACGGAACAGGUGGUCUACAUACACUUCCACUGCAUUUGGGCAGCGACACUGAGUACGAGGUGGACGCCAACCGCCAGAAGACGCACUCCUUCGUCAACCACUACAUCAGCGACCCCACUUACUACAACUCAUGGCGUCGCCAGCAGAAGGGCAUCUCCCGAGCGCAGGCCUACAGCUACGCCGAGUCGGAGCCAGGCGAGCCGGAACACAACGCCGCACCGUCGCAACUGCCACCUCUGCCGCCCCUGCCCCCCCAACUCAGCUCGCCCAGCCCCCAACCCCAACCAAAGCCCCAGCAGGCGCAGGGACAGCCGCCCGGCCAGGGCAGCCUGUUCAGGCCCAAAGGCAGCCGGACUCCCACCCCGUCUCAGCAGAGCGCCAAUCCCCCCGGCCAGCACGCCGCCGUCUACAGGCCCCCAAGCAGCCUGGCCCCCGGCUCGCGGGCCCCCAUCGCAGGCUUCUCCUCCUUUGUGUGAGAAUUGCAGAAAAAGAACUAAGGAAA